AUGGCCGCAGUUGGGAACGACCGCUAUUUCCAUUUCCAUGCCCCCUACGCACAGCAAAAGUACCGCAACAUCUCCUGCUUCUGGGAAACACAACCCUCAGGCUGUGCGAGGAUCAAUUGCGCCUUCCAUCAUAGCAAGCCUCGUAAUAUAAAUGGACUUUUUUUGCCACCUAGUAACAAUGUCCCAUUGCAAGAGGGUGUCCAAGAAGGGAUUCUACAUCCAACCCUUCGUCGAGAAUCACUCAGAAAGCGAGAGAAUAUUUUACCACCAAUUCACCCUCCACUGAUUAUAAAUGUCAACAGCGAAGAGGAUGAAGAGGACGAUGAAGAGGAAAUGGACACCAAAGACCCUUCAAAAUUUCUCAAAAUUUGGGGACAAAACUACAAGUUUACAAGUUUAGGAGAUGUUUCUAAUCGGGUGCCUAAGACUGCUGAAGACAUUCAAGAGGAAAGAGCAAUAAAGGAAAUAUGCUAUACAUCUGGAGAGUAUUACAGGAUUCGGUACCCUCACAAACACCAAUCAAGAAGAACUGUGUCUUCACCUCGGGAAAAUGAGCUAUCACCCUUGGAAGCUACCGAGCGAGACUUGCAGAAAGGAGGUGACUGCUCUGUGGCGCAGAGGAACACAUUUGUUGAAGGGAAAAGACACGAGGCACUACCUUGGGAAAAAGGACCAACUGCAUCCAAGUAUUCCAAUCUAACGCGAUACUUAAUUCACGUUAUCAGGCUAAGGGAGUCUUCCCUCAAACUGCCCCUGAUAUUAAGAAACAAUGUAUAUGUUUUUUCUAUAGACAAAUAUACUUCAGGAUCUUACAAUGCACCAACUUGGAGGAAAAGAAAUCCACGAGCAAAAACAUUCUCUAAGUUUCAAACAACCAUUCAGAGCCGAGAAGACAUGGAAGUGAGGAGAAAAGGAGAAGGUUACGUAGAGAGGAGAAAGAGAUGA